GGAGGGAGGGCGAGUGAUUGGUGAUUUAUGCAUAGCAUUGUUGCAAAAUAACUUUAAUAUUAAAUGAGUGACAAGAAAGGGAAGAUGCAAGUUGCGGGGGUUUAUGUCUUGUUGCCUAACUCCUUUUAUCUUUCUCACAAUCAAUUGGUUGGAGAUCUUUAAUCCUUUUGAUUUUUAUCUGUUCCCAUGACUAGUAAGUACUGUAGGUUCAUUAACUCUCCAAACAGCUCCGCUUGUCUCUUUUAAUCAUUUUGGCAGUAAGUAAUAACAUUGCAACAGGAUACAGGAAGUGGUGAUGGACGAUUCUGUCUCUCCAAAAUUGGCUUCAGAUGAUUCCGAACUCAACCCAACUGGUACUCAGGCAUCCAAAAGAAGGGAUAACAUUUCUAAGUCUUAGAUAUGUUGUAUUUAGCAGGAAGGUGGUUGAGAAGAUUGUUGUUACAGUGAAGGUAGAAGAAAAUGGUGGAAAGCUAAAGAGCGAGGGGCCACCUUCUGAUUUAUGGUCCUGGAGAAAAUAUGGGCAGAAACCUAUCAAAGGAUCUCCUUAUCCCAGAGGCUAUUACAGGUGUAGCACAUCAAAAGGUUGUUCAGCCAAAAAGCAAGUGGAAAGAUGCAAAACAGAUGCCUCGAUGCUUAUCAUCACUUACACCUCUAGUCAUAACCAUCCAGGUCCUAAUCUCCACUGCGCCGACCUAAAACAGUCCCCUAAAGAACCCGAAACCACCCAUAGUGAUGAUGAUAAGCCCCCAACUACUACGCUGAAGCAGCUCCCGGAGGUUUCAGAAAAAGAGCCAGAAGAAGUAAAAAAGGAGCAAAACAAAACGAGCAGUACAGAUGAAGAUGCAAGUGAAGAGCAGCAUUUUCACUAUUUACAAUCCCCAUUAAGUUUUCCCCAGAAUAACAUCAUUAGCCCUGAAGAUCCCUUCAACGGGAAUCUAGAGAAAACCCAUGACACACUGGGGUUUCUGUUGGAUGAAGAGCCACUGUCUUGCCUUCAUAUAACAACAUCUUCAAUACCAAAAUCAGAAGAAAAUGAUUUCUUUGAUGAGCUUGAAGAACUACCCAUAUCUUCAGCUUUCACAAGUUUGAUGAUGAGAAGCAAGUUUUGGGAUGAAGGAAUUCCUGUUGUCCCUUCUUGAUCAGUAGUGUUUAUGGGUCUCAGGAAAAAAAAAUAAAAGUAGUUAAAAUGUUCAUAAUGAAGUGAUUAUGCCUUCCACUACUAAUGGUUCUAGUUUAGCAUCUUCUAUUUUUA